AUGGCAUCAGAAUUACCAUACGAAGUUGUAUCCCUUAUCGCGUCUCAUGUUGAUCAAGAUAGCAGACUUACCUGUGCCAUAGUCUGCAAACAGUGGACAGAACCAUUUCUAAACGCACAUUGGUAUUACCUGACUAUAUACAGAAGGGUAGCAGAUCGUAUUUGCGAUUCAUCCAACCUGGAAAACAAAUAUUUAAGUAAUGCACAUAGAGUGUACGAGCUGGCAUUUAUUGACCAAUCCCUUGUCGAUGUGGAAUAUCGUUCAAAACUGCUGCAAAUCUACAGUGGAAUAAAACGCCUUAAAUACUUUGAGCCACAUAGACGUCACCAUGUGGUAGAAAUUAUCGAUUGGAGUUCUUGGACUUUUUUGUCACAUCUGGAAAUACAUUUUCAGUAUCCAAGCUACAUUUUGUUGAAAGAUGUUUUUAAAAACCUAUCAGGAUUACCUUGCCUUCUUCAUCUUACAUUAGUCCAUCGUUACUCACCGGCCGAUUUUGAUAUUAAGAACACAGUCUCAUGGUUAGACAUCGAAUCACUUCACUUAAACGUACCACGACUGGAAGGUUUAAACAUCGAUUUUACGCAUAUAAAAAUACCAAAUAAUGACAUGAAUAAAAUAAGAUACAUUUUACCAGCAUGCACUGUCACAAAAGCAAUCUUUGAUAAUGAUACUGUUGACGCUUCCUGGGUAUUUUACUUUGCACUCAAAUACCCAAAUCUACACCACCUGGAAUUUAAAAACAAUGGCACCGUUUAUAAAUCAUGCGAAGCUUACAAUGAGAAAUACUAUGAAAAAGAUAGUCGACUACUAUCAACACUUCAUCAAUUCUUUCCUUGCUUAACAAAUAUAAGCCUAGACCCGCUUAAUAGAAACCCGUGGCCGUUUUCUAUAUUCUACGAUACUCUUCGACACUUUGACGUAAAAGUAAAAAGAGCUAAAGUUCGUGUUAUCUACUGCGACCAAACUUGGACAAGAAGUCUUCAUAGCUGUAUUGGAUUUAGCUCGGAAUCAUUGAGAAUUUUGUGGGCAGAUCUGGGCUCUUACUUGUAUAAAAGUCUAAUUACGAGCCUAUUACCUUUCUAUCCAUGCCUUGUCGAGUUACAUUUUACGUUUUCCGGCAGUAUUGAAAUUGACAUAAUACUAGAUAAAUUUCCGUCUUUGCGAUGGUUAGACAUAAACCUCUCCCUAACACACCUCUCUGAACAGCCAAAUUACGCUCCACACCAUCUGCAAAGGCUGGAACUACAUCAUCUCCAUGCGAGUAAAUCAAUAUUCAAAUAUUUAUCGUCUCGUUGCAAACAACUUUUAUUCAUGAAAUUAGAACAUGUUGGAUUUAAGAUGUCUGAAGUUACGAAAAACAGAGAGAUCUGCAUCGAGAUGCCGUAUACCCAGUUGGAAACACUAAUAAUUUGGGGUGUAAAAACAUACCAUGGAUUCAUAAAACACUAUGUCAUUAAACAAGAAAACAACAUUGAUAUUAGUCAAUCAAAUGUGAGUAAUCAAGAACAACAUACGCUAUCAAACUGGUAUCAUAUAACCAAAGAGACAGACGGGGUAAAAAGUCUUGCAUGGGAACUUGGGAAACACGAGGCUGAAUAUGCUCAGAAAUUCUACGAAGACGUUACAAAAUUUAACGAUGAUAACAGUCAAGAUAUGGAUCACGAGUACAUAGUAUAUCAUUAUACCAUAAAGAAAGAUUGGAAAUUACAUCUUAACUGUGGCCUCCUCUCUCUUCGAUUCAAAUCUGUUAAAGCCUAUCAUUUGGAUAAAGAAGUCUUGACUAAAUACCACUGUUUUUUCCCCCUUGUUUACAGUCCCUCAUUCUGGGAAAGUAAUGGUCGUUCCGGCUGA